AUGGCUACCCCCAGUGUCCUUUCCUUUGAUGCUGAGGGUCGUGAUGUUGACUUUGAGGUCUGGGUCGAUGACCUCCAGCUGUUCCUACAGUGCGAUAGGGCAAACGGACUCUCCCUGUUCGAUCUCACCUCUGGUGCCUCUCCUGCCCCGCCUACUACUGGAGACAGCACUGUUCGCUACCAGUGGGCCACACGCGAUGCUGCUGCCCGUCUUGCUGUGCGUCGCCACUUACAGACCACUGAGCGUGCGCACUUUACCCAGUACAAGAGUGCUAAGACCUUGUACGACGCUGUAGUUGCACGCUACUCUUCCCCUGCCACUGUUGCGCUGAGCCGCCUCAUGCUACCGUACCUCUUCCCUGACCUUGCUGCCUUUCCCACAGUCGCUUACCUCAUUACGCACCUCCGCACUAGUGACAUUUGGUACCGCGCUGCGCUUCCUGCUGAGUUCUGUGCCAAGAACCCGCCCCCCAUGUACAUCACCCUCUACUACAUAGUCACCCGGCUCCCUGACUCCCUUCGCUUAGUCAGGGACCACUUCCUCUCAGUUUGCCCUACCACACUCACCGUUGACCUCCUCGAGGAGCGCCUCCUAGCAGCAGAGAAGAGCAUAGUCGCUGUAGGAGCCUCUCGUGGUGACCCUCGCACCCCCGUCUUUGAGGGGUGUUCCCCUUCCCCCCUCUUGCCCUCUGUUGCUUCUGCUGCUGCGGCCGACCUCGUUGGUUUCGAGUCGGUCGGCGCUGCGUCUACCCCUAGCGGGAGACGCCGCACCGGCAAGGGCAAGGGGGGCAAGGGCGAUGGAGGGGCUGGCGGGGGCGGUGGAGGUGGUGGUGGAGGCAAUGGAGGGGGUGGGGGUGGUGGUGGGAGUGGUGGCGGGGGUGGAGGUGUCGGUGGCAGCAGUGGAGGCGGAGGAGGCGGCGGCGGUGGCGGAGGGAGCGGAGGCGGCGGAGGUGGCGGAGGCGGUGGAGGUGGCGGAGGCGGCGGCGACAGCAGUGGAGCUGGUCGCGGCUCUACGCAGAGGAGUGGGGCCGGUGGUGGUCCCCGCCAACAGCAGCAGCGCAGUCCCCUGCAGGUGUGUCCCAGGUAG